CUAGCACAGCUAUGGCCCCGACGGAGCAGAAACAGUACAGCUUGGCGGAAGUGGCCCAACACAACAAACCGGACGACGUGUGGAUGGUCAUCCACGACAAGGUGUACGAUGUGACCAAAUUUCUCCACGAGCAUCCCGGUGGCGAGGAGGUACUGAUCGAGUGGGCUGGCAAGGAAGCGACGGCCGAGUUUGAUGACGUUGGACACAGUUCGGAUGCCAAAGAACAAAUGAAGCAAUUCCUUGUCGGUGAAAUUAUAGAAGCAGAACGGAAAAAGAAAACUGGCGCCGGUGUCCCUGCCCCUUCCAAUGAAUCCUCAGCAUCGUCCUGGUUUGGAUCGAUUAAGGCGAAAUUUUUCGGUUGAUCCCACUCUCCACGUGUGCUUGUUGCUAGAUUUCAUC